AUGAAAAGAUUAAUAGAAAACAAUAUAAUAAAAUUAAACUAUGAUAACUUUUUGAAACAAUAUAAAAAACAUUUUAAUUAUAAAAAAGAUGUAAAUGAUGAAGAGCUAUAUGAGCAUUUUAUAAUUAAUCCUUUUACUUAUUCAAGGCCACUUGGAUGUUUACCAAAAAAUUAUUUUAAUAUAAAUGAAUAUUAUUUAAAUGGAAUAAAUAUUUUUGAAAUUAUUGAUUAUAUUAAUAUCAGUGAACGAUUGUAUAGAUAUGAAAAUUUUACCGAAGAAGAUGAAAAAGAAAAUGACGAAUUAAAAGAACUGACAGAUUCGGAAAUAGAUGAAAAAUAUGAUAAUGAAAUGAAAGGUAAGAGAAAUAAAAAAAAAAAAAAAAAUUUGAAAUCACACUUCGAUUUUAAAAAGGAUGAUACAUAUUUAAAGAAUAGCAAAUAUAAAAGAGUUUAUCGCUUUUUAUUAUUCGAUGGAGAAAGUUUUAUAUAUGCAUAUGAACAGGAAUUUAAUGAGAAUUUUAAUUACCUUGAAAAUAAUAAAUAUAAAUACCCCAAAAUUAUCUUAUAUAACAAUCCUGUUAUUCAACGUGGAGUAUUAUUACUAAAAAAACAUCAAACCACUAUUCUAUUUAAAGGCCAUAUCAAAUCAGAGUCUUGUUUAGAAGACGAAGAAAUUGAAGAAAAUAAAGUAAAAAUAGAAAAUAAUAAGUAUAUUGAUUUAACAAGUAAUAGUAAGGAAUAUAAAUACAUAAAAAAUAAGUCUAAUGCUUUUGAAAAUAACUCAAUUAAUGAAAAUUUAUAUGAUUCAAUAGAAAAAAAUUAUAAUAAAGAUAAAUAUAAUAAAAAAGAUGAAUAUAAAAAAAAUUUCGAAAAUGAAUACAAUAUGGAUUUAAAUUAUAAUAAUACCUUAACUCAUUAUAAGGAAAAUAAUCCGAAUAGUUAUAAUACUUUAAAUAAUGAAAACACAAGUAAUAAUUAUAAUAACGAUUAUUAUAUUAGAAGAAAAAGAAACAUAGAAGAUUAUAAUAAUAACUAUAAUAAUGAAAACAAUUAUAACAUUAACAGUAGUGAUUAUAAUAUUAAGACCAGUAAAAGUAAUAAUUUUAGUAAUACAUAUAGCUCAAUUAAUACUAAUUAUAAUGUUAAUAGCAAUAAAAAUAAUAAUCAUAACAUUAAACAAAAUAAUUACUAUUCUGACAAGUAUGAUAACAAUUACUUUAGAAAAUAUGAUAAUAAUAAUUAUCCUAAUGAGUAUGAUAAUGAUUACUUUAGAAAAUAUAGUAAUGAAUAUAGUAAUAAAUAUGAUGAUGAUUAUCCUAAUAAAUAUGAUAAUGAUUAUCUUAAUAAAUAUGAUAAAGAUUAUCCUAAUAAAUAUGAUAAUAAUUAUCGUAAUAAAUUUGAUAAUUAUUGUCCUAAUAAAUAUGAUAAUGAUUAUCUUAAUAAAUAUGAUAAAUAUUAUUCUAAUAAAUAUGAUAAUGAUUAUCUUAAUAAAUAUGAUAAAGAUUAUCCUAAUAAAUAUGAUGAUAACUAUCGUAAUAAAUUUGAUAAUGAUGAUCCUAAUAAAUAUGAUAAUGAUUGUCGUAAUAAAUUUGAUGAUGAUUAUCGUAAUAAAUUUAAUAUUUAUUAUCCUAAUAAAUAUGAUAAUGAUUAUCGUAAUAAAUUUAAUAUUGAUUAUCCUAAUAAAUGUGGUAGUGAUUAUCAUAAUAAAUUUGAUAAUGAUUAUCAUAAUAAAUUUAAUAUUGAUUAUCCUAAUAAAUAUGAUAAUUAUUGUCGUAAUAAAUUUGAUGAUGAUUGUUCUAGCAAGUACGAUAGUAAUAAUUUUAGGAAACAUAGUUAUGAUUACUCUAACAAAUAUGGAAGUGAAUAUUAUAACAAAAUUGAUAAUAAUUAUUUUAAUAGAAAUUAUAGUAACAAUAAUUUUAGGAAGCAUGAUAAUGAUUAUUCAGUCAAUUAUGAUAAUAAUUAUUCUGAUAGAUACAAUGAUAAUUAUUCUAACAGUUACAAAAAUAAUUAUACUAGAAAAUAUGAUAAUACCCAUUCUAGGAGAUAUGAUGACAAUUAUUUGAACAGAUAUGAUAAUGGUACAACAAAUACUUCUAAAAAAAUAUGCAAAGAAAUAAAUUAUAAUAGUUAUAGUAAUGAAAUGAAAGAAGAAAAUUAUGAAAAAUUGAAUAACAGUUUGAAAAUGAAAAGUUAUGAUAAUUUUGGAAAAAUAGAGAAUACGAAUAAUAAAAAUAUUGAAGGUAUAAAUCAUUUUAAUGAAAUAAAUAACAUUGUUCAUAUGCAUAAUUAUUACACGAAAAAUGACAGAGAAAGAGAUGAUAAGAAUAUAUAUUUCAAAAAAACAGAAAUAAAUAUAUAUACAAAAGAAAUGAAUAAUAAUUCAUUGAAUACAAAAGAAAAACAAUUUGAAAGAGCAAAUUCCAUGUUGCAUGAUGAAAAGCAUGAUGAUGGCAUGUGUUAUGAUAAUUUAAUUGAUAGAAAUAAUUAUGCAUGCUUUAAAAUUUCUUAUAAAAAUAAGACAAAAUUUUACAAUAAUACAGUUAAUUCAGAACCUAAUAUGAAUUUUCAAAAUAUAAAUGAAUCUAUACAAAAAAGUAUUAUUAAUAAUAAUUCAAUUGAUAUAAAAAAAAAAAAUGAAUUCAAUAAGAAUAAUAAUAAUAAGAAUUGUGAAAAUUUUAAAGAUUGUAAUGAAUUAAUAGAUUUAACAGAAGGGUUUUUUUCAUCUGACUUUUUUCAUAAGCCUCAUGAAUUAAAUAAAAUGAGCAAUAAUGAUGUAAUUAUAUUAGAUGAUUAA